UCCCAGGCUCUGCGAGGGCACCGCAGUGGCUCCUCCUUCGCGCGUACGGGGCUGCCGCCGUUGAGGCUCAGAGCGAGCUGGGCCUGGGCCCCAACGUCCCUGGCGGCGGCUACAGGGCGCGGGGGCUAGUUGCUCCCGGCCCCGUCCUCUAUGGGGCCUGCGGGAGCGCCGUACAAGCCACUGCGAGCUCCUCGGGGAAGCGGCUCACGUAGAGAAAAAACAGGGGUCAGUGCCCGGCAGCACUCCCACCAUCCCGGUGUACGAGAACUGGCCAUUCCCUGUGCUAUUUGGAACCGCUAAUCCUGUCCAGUUGCUCGUCCCCAGUCAUGGAGCCCCUCAGACCGCCCUGUGUACGAGACUGCCUCCGUUUUCCCUGUUUCCCCCGGUUUUGUUUUGGAGGGUUUCCCAGGGGCCCUGAUCUGCCUGGAGAAGAGGCACCUGCGGCAGCAGCAUUAGCUCUUUCUCUCUGCUCUGGUUCACUCACACCGGGGUUUUAGGGAUCCUGGUGCUGGAUGGCUUGGUGCUGGUGUGCUGAUGCCCUCUUUGAUCACAAAUUACAGCUGAUGUGUGUCUCCAGGCAAGGAGGGCCAGCAGAGCUUGGAUAGCCCCUGGUACAGAUUCUGACUGGGACUAGUCACCAGGGUUUUCUGGAGGGGCAUGUUGGGAGUGUUGCCAGAGGCUUUGUCCUGGAUUAAAGGUGCCUGCUUGGCCUCUGCCCUGCGUGGGUGCUGCCAGUUUCAUCUCCUGCAACUCCAGGAGUCUUACCCAGCUGUUCCCCCAAUAUGGUCUGUGGAGUCAGAUGAUCCCAACCUGGCAGCUAUCCUGGAGAGGCUGGUGGAAGUCAGGAAAGGAAAUACAUUGCUUUUGCAGCACCUGAAGCGAAUAAUCUCUGACCUGUGCAAACUCUACAACCUCCCCCAACAUCCAGAUGUUGAAAUGCUAGACCAGCCUCUGCCAGCAGAACAGAGCACCCAGGAAGAGGUGUCCUCUGAAGAGGAAGAUGAAGAGAUGCCAGAGGACACUGAGGACUUGGACCACUAUGAAAUGAAAGAGGAAGAGCCAGCAGAUGGGAGAAAGACAGAGGAUGAAGGCAUUGGGAAAGAAAACCUGGCCAUUUUAGAGAAAAUAAAAAAGAACCAGAGGCAAGAUUACUUAAAUGGUGCAGUGUCUGGGUCUGUGCAGGCCACUGACCGGCUAAUGAAGGAGCUCAGGGAUAUUUACCGAUCACCAAGUUUCAAGGGCGGAUACUAUGCAGUUGAACUAGUGAAUGACAGCCUGUACGAUUGGAACGUCAAACUCCUGAAGGUUGACGAGGACAGCGCUUUGCACAAUGAUCUCCAAAUCCUCAAAGAGAAAGAAGGAACAGAUUUCAUCCUCCUCAACUUUUCUUUUAAAGAUAACUUUCCUUUUGAUCCACCAUUUGUAAGGGUUGUAUCCCCGGUGCUGUCAGGGGGGUAUGUUUUGGGGGGUGGUGCCAUCUGCAUGGAGCUGCUUACGAAACAGGGCUGGAGUAGUGCCUACUCCAUUGAGUCGGUGAUCAUGCAGAUCAGUGCAACGCUGGUUAAAGGAAAAGCACGAGUACAAUUUGGAGCCAACAAGAACCAGUACAGCCUGACAAGAGCACAGCAGUCCUACAAAUCCCUGGUUCAGAUCCAUGAGAAAAAUGGCUGGUAUACACCACCCAAGGAGGAUGGCUAGUGUGGAUCCUGCAGGACCAAUCUGAAUAUCUUCUGGAUGCUCUACUUGGAUCUUAGUGAUGCCUCUUGGCUUUCUCCCAGGAUGUAAUAGCUAUGCCUGUUGCAGGACAAUACUGGCUGUUCAAAACUCUAAAUAACUGUUUAAGGAGUUGGACUGACCCAGAACACUUGCUGGGCCCAUGCUAGCAGGCAUUCUUGUUAAAACUCUUGAGCCUCUUGUAUUGCUGGAAACUUCUGACUCUACUCCAGUCUAGAGCAUACUCCUUACCUAUGCUAUGGAUUUAAUUUAUUUUCUUAUUUCAUGUACACUGCUUUUUUUGUUACGGUGUAUGAUGGAUGUGUAUGGAAAAUGUAUCUUUGGAGAAAAAUUACAGUUUGUUAAUUUGAGAA